CAAAAACGGUGGUCAGCUUUUACGUCACUACAAUAAUACAACUUUGGCGAACCCUACCCUCCAAAGCUAAUGGUCGCGGUUGGCGAUGGACUAGACACGGGCCAACUCGAUUUGGAAUCAAAUUCAAACGAAAAGUGCAUGUAAGCUGACGGUGACUACUCGUAUAGUGAAACGGCGCGCAAUUCAGUGAUUUUCAGUUUAUAUGGCGAUUUAAUUCUAGUAGUUUUUGGAAGAACACGUUUUGUGUAUGUGGCAAGUUCCUUUAAAAAAAACGGAUAAUAAUCAAGAAAGUUGAUUUUAAAGGGAAGAAAUUUUCCAAAAUGGAACGUCCCAGCGACCUUGAACUACGAAGACAACAAUUCAAAACACAACCCUCGACAGUACAAACUAGAAGACAGCAAGCUGUGUGUGUAAGAAGAGCAUGUAAAAAAUAUGGGACCAAGAGUAACCCAUAUGUUAUCUUGGAUAAUCUCAAUAUGACUGUACCUAAAGGAUGUAUAUAUGGUUUAUUGGGUGCCAGUGGCUGUGGUAAAACGACUUUGCUUAAUUGUAUAGUAGGAAGAAAAAGACUUAAUUCGGGUGAACUCUGGGUCUUGGGAGGCACUCCUGGAUCUAGAGGAAGUGGUGUUCCUGGACCUAGAGUAGGAUAUAUGCCUCAGGAAAUAGCCCUAUAUGGCGAAUUCACUAUUCGAGAAACUUUAAAAUAUUUUGGAUGGAUUUCAAAUAUGACCACCGAAGAGGUAGAAGCCAAAGUAGAUUUCUUCGUCAACUUAUUAAUGCUACCUGAUGCAGACAGACAAGUAAAAAUUCUUAGUGGUGGUCAACAGAGGCGAGUUUCCUUAGCAGCCACCCUUUUACAUGAGCCAGAAUUGCUGAUUUUAGACGAACCCACUGUUGGAGUUGAUCCAUUGUUGAGGAACAACAUUUGGAGCCACUUAGUAGAAAUCACUAAAAAUGGUAGAACUACUGUGAUCAUUACUACACAUUACAUCGAUGAAACAAGGCAGGCACAUUUGAUUGGCCUUAUGAGAGGAGGCUAUUUCCUAGCCGAAGAAUCCCCAUCAAGACUAAUUACCCAAUUCGGAGUGCAAAGUUUAGAAGAAGUUUUCCUUAAAUUGAGUGUAAUGCAAAACAUGGGCAAAACAAGAAGAUCCAGUAUAGCUCAGUCUGUUACUGAAAGCAUAGUAGUUCCAGAACUACCAGGCGGUACUGUUAACCAAGCGGCAGUUUUAGAUGACGAAGUUGGAGAGAUAUCUGGAGAGUUUGGAGAAAGUGUGUCAGUCACCAGUAGAACUGGAAGGAGGGUAUCCAUAGCACCGGAACCAUCAGCAGAACAUCCACCAGAACUACCUCCUGAUGAUGAACCCGAAGAAGUUACGUUUAAGGAUUACUUGAAAAUUGUUAAAUACAAUCACAUGAGGGCCUUAAUUUGGAAGAAUUUCCUGUGGAUGUGGAGAAACAUACCUAUGAUGAUGUUCAUCAUAGGUUUACCAGUAGGUCAAGCAAUACUGUUCUGUCUCUCUAUUGGUCACGAUCCUGUUGGUAUAAAAGUAUCAGUAGUUAACCAAGAAAUAGACUAUCCCAACGAACAUUGCCCUCAAAACGUUUUAGGAUGUAACAACACGAAGCUCAGUUGUAAUUAUUUGGAUUUCGUCGCUAGCAACUACUCUAUAGAAUGGGAAUUCGAAACAACGGAAAGUGCUGCUAGAAAAAGGGUGGAAAGUGGCAAAUCAUGGGCUGUUGUAGUGGUACCCCACAAUUUUACAGAUGCUUUAUGGGUCAGAGUUGAAGAAAAUAGAGAUGCACCCACUUCAGAUCUUUUAGCAUCAACUAUAAGCGUUUACCAAGACAAAUCUAACGAGAACAUAGCAUCAUUUUUGGACAGGGACUUACUUUUUGGUUUCCAAAGAUUUGUUGGCUCUUUAUUUGAAAGUUGUGGAUGGAACCCCAAUACUUUCCAGUUACCUAUAGCUUUUAAACCUCCUAUUUAUGGAUACGAGAAUCCGGAUUUUACGGAUUUUGCUGCACCUGGUGUAAUAUUGACUAUUAUCUUCUUCAUGGCUGUAGCCCUAACCUCUGGAUCCAUGAUAAUGGAGAGAAACGAAGGUAUUUUGGAACGAUCUUUGGUCAACGGCAUCAGUGGGACGGAACUUCUUUUUUCACAAAUUAUCACACAAUUUGUGAUUAUGUUUGGACAGACGAUUAUGGUGCUCUUGGUGGCUUUUGCGUUAUUCAAUUUGACCCAACAAGGGAACUGGAUCACAGUAAUGGCUCUUACUGUACUGGCUGGUGUAUGUGGAAUGUGUUUUGGUUUUGUAGUCUCCUGUGUAUGUGACAACGAAAGAUCAGCUACUUACAUGGCACUGGGUAGUUUCCUACCAAUCGUAAUGUUAUGUGGUAUAAUUUGGCCGAUAGAAGCCAUGAACGACUAUUUAAAGAUUGUAUCGUUUAUCCUUCCUCUUACUCAAGCUACCGAUAGCUUGAGAUGUGUGUUAGCCAGAGGAUGGGGAGUAACGAAUUCUGUGGUAUAUGGCGGAUUCAUUUCCCUGACUUCCUGGAUUUUCGUAUUCUUGACAAUCAGUAUUUUAGUACUAAAGUUCAAGAAGGGCUAAAAGAUUAUGAAGAAAAUAUAUUUUAUUUACCUAGUUUUCGUAAUUAUUGAGAAAUGUACUUGAUAUUGUUAUUACACGUUUUUCUCUAAAUGUUAAAUAAAUAAUUUAGUAUAACAUU